AUGCCAUUAAAGUUGAGUAGCACCGAAGUGGAAGAGAAUGCCGAAAACAAGUUGAAAAGAAUUGGCUCAAAUUCAAUGAUAAUAGAGAAUUUUGAUAUUGCUUAUGGUAACCUAUCGCCCCUUAAACGGAAACGUGAAGAGGAUAGUCAGCGUAAAAUCAAGACGCAAAAAAUUUCACAUUCUUUAUCUUCGCAAUUUGCUAGAAGCCUAUCCUUUACAGAAGAUGAGUCAAAUGAUGAGGGAGAAUCAUUAAACGCACAACAAGGUUCUUUAAACUUUACCUAUGUUCCCAGACCAACAGACUUAUCUCAGCGUAAUUUUAAGUGUUAUUCUCGUCGAAAUUUCGGUGGAAAAUGUAUCAUUAAUCAGCCAUUUAUAACUAACGACAGCACUUGUGAUAUGGAAAUCAUAUCUGAUCAUUCUAUAAAUGAUUUGUCAGGUGGUGAGGAUAAAUUAGUUCAUGAAACUGCUAGGAUGCAAAUUUUGCGUCGUAUCUUGUCACAUUCUAGUAAUGAAAAUAAUUAUUGGAAUGUUCCAAUAAAUUGGAUUGAAUUACAAGCUCAGAAAAAACAUAUUCCUUUGAUGGAAUUUCAAACCCAAUUCCAAGAGAAAAGUCGUGAUAUGGAAUCCUCUCUCAAUAUACUUCAUAAUUCAAUUCCAAAUAAUUAUGAUGAUAUUCGAGCCUUAAUUGACAGGUUCUUGUUUAAUGCUGACUGGCUAAGAUGUGAUUAUAGCAAACCAUUCAUACAAAUCUUUCCGCAAUGGCAAACUUUGGGAAGAAAUGUAGAAAACAUUGUUCAAUAUGUUGAGAUAAUUGAAGAUAUGAAAGAUACAGUGAAUUCUGAAUUUCCUAAAAGUGAGAAAAUUGAUUCAGACUUGAAACGAAUUCAAGAAGUUUUAGAAUUCAAAAAAUCUCUAUAUGGAGAAAUUUUACAACAAUCUGGGUUGGCAUGGAAAGCCUUCGGAUUUCCAAUAGAAGAAGCUUGGAUUUAUGAGGUUAAGCAAUGGUUAUACGGGUUGGCUUUUCAUUGUUCGGAAAUGAUGAAGAAUGAAUUGGACAAGUAUAAUCAAUCGUUAGCGGCGGAUGACGCGAAAAUUGGCGAGUUUAUGGACAAUGUAAAGACUUGUUUAAAAAUCGCGAGUCAAACAGUUCAAUUAAUAGGAAAUCCUGACAACGAACUCACUUUAUCUAAUAUUUUCCUUACAACUUUAUAUAUCGAUUGGGGAAUAUCCCAGAUUGCAAAAAUAGAAAAUAAAUCACGAAGUGUUGAAGUUAGAUUGAUGCAUAUUUGUGAUCAUAUCAAUCAUAUUUUGCAUCAUUUACGUAUCAUACAAGACGUUGAUGGCCAAGAUUUUUCUUUGAUGCAUGAUGAUCAAGGGUUAUCCUUAAAUAUUAUUGAAAAUUUUGCUGGAAGUUUGGUUGAAACAGGAUUAAGAUUAUGUGAACAUAUCACUAAACCAAAAAUUAAAAGUGUUACCGGUCCCGCCAACUUUUUAUACAUGUAUUCUGAAUUUGUGGUGAAUUUUGUUAAUAGGGUAAUUGAAUAUGCUGGAAUGGAUCAACCUAUAGAAAAAAGAAUGCGUCCUUUACUUACAAGUUUAAGAAAUAUGGAAGUCACGUUACCAGCUGUAUAA